UCCACCGGGUAUGUUAGCUUGACGUGUUAAUGCAUUCUGUGUAUUGGAUAGAGGGUUCGGGCAGGGUGCGUAUUGGAUCUACGCGGUCCGGAUUAGCGGAUUAAGGUCCUCGGUCAUUCUGUGACAAAACCUUUAAAUGCAGGCGCUUUGUAUAGAUACCGGAAAGUGAUUUAAUUAUUCACGUGCUGUCGUGUAGGUACCGCUUAUAGCUGGUCUUCUGUAGCGAGGGAAUUAAGCCUUUCCUCACUGGAAUCGGUUCUACGGUGUGAAUGAACAUUAUGUAACAGCCCGGUCUUGUGAGACUACGCAUUUGAAAAGUGCUUUAGUGCAAUAUUCAAUCAAAAGUAAAAGAUUUUUUUUUAUAUUGUUUUGCAAUAUGGAUGUGAAAUCGAAGAAGCGGUUUGCCAGUAAGGUAUCCAAAACAACUAAACCCGGUUUCUCUGAUAAUCAUUCGGUGACUUCGGAAAAGCUGAUACACAAUGAAUCAAUGCGAUCGGAAAACACGUACCAGCUACACCCAGAGGACGACAAAAAGUUUAAGAGCUACGUAGUGGAGGGCGAAAUGAGGAGAAUUCUGAGUGAAACACUCGACCGUGUGGAUUACAAAGACUCCAUGGGUAGUGCCCUCACAACGGAUCUAGCAAACGACAUCAAGAAAGCAAUCCAAGGGCUGGGGUGGCCCCGAUAUAAGUAUGUGGUGCAGGUGGUGCUCGGACAGAACAAGAACCAGUCUGUACAGGUCGGUAGUAGGUGCUUGCUGGACCAGGCGGCGGACAGCUUCGCCUGUACAUCCUACAAGACUAAGACAAUCUUCGCCGUAGCGGCCUGUUUCGGAGUGUAUUUCGAUUGAUGGUUGGACUUUAUGAUAUAGAUAACAAAAGGACUAGCAACGAAUUCUCGCAUCUUAAAAUAGUUCUUCUCCUUGAUUGAUACUAGUGGAGAUUUUAUUAUAAUAGCUACACUGUACUUGUGUGCCAUCUAGAGAAAAGUUGCAUUAAAGUUUUGAGUGAAGAUCAAAAUAGAAGAAAAUUGUGUGAACUGGUGUAACAAUAGCGUUAGAUAUAUAGUUCCUUAAUUUGAUUUCAAAUAUGAAUUUUUAAAAUUGGAAAUGUGUCGAACAAAUAUUGGCAAGUCGGUGAUUUAGUACUAGAACGUGUGAAACUUAAAAAAUCUGCAUGGGGUGUUUAAGAUGUCGCCAUGAGUGAAAACUUCCAGCAAGGACUAAAAACUGUCUGUAUGUCCUUGUAGUGUAUAUAAAUUAAUGUGGAACUUAUGUAAUAUCGCAACAUAUGGUUGUCUCUCGAGAUAAUCAACAGUGAAAUGUCAGUCAGAGAGAGAGAGAGAGAGAGAGAGAGAGAGAGAGAGAGAGAGAGAGAGAGAGAGAGAGAGAGAGAGAGAGAUAUUUAUUGAUUGAACUUUUCCUGACACAUGUUGGCAAGAGACAUCGCCUGUAAUAUGUAUUUGUUUUCUGCAAGUAAAGAGAUAUGAGCCCUUAUCUCGUCUCUUGUUUGAGAAAGCUUUGUUAAAUCUUUGUAUGGAUUAAAAAAAUCUAAUGUACGAGGACAUAUGAAAACUGCCGAGUUGUACCUUAUGUUGAAAUAUUGUUCUAGAGUGAAAGGGUGGCACUGUAAAAGACAUUGUAGUGAAUAUGAUUAAAGUGAAUGGGGAGAGAAAGGGAGAAAAUGAACUGCUUGUCUCUGGCUUAAAGUAUUUGCAAAUGACAUAAUGGGUGCUUGGGUACGUGUUCUAUUUUGACAAAUCCCUAGAGCGUAUGUCGCCGAGAAUUAUCCUAAGUUCUUGUGUUUUAAUUAAAGGUCUCAAGGAACUUCUUAUUCAGAUGGCACAGGAAAAAAAACCACUUUCUAUGAUUACAACAAAUAGGUUACGAGUUUAAGCUUAGGGUGAAACCUUCAUUUGGGUAAACCAGGGUCGGAUCACCUUAUAUCAAGCCGAUCUAAGUAUUAAACGACACAAAUGCAUUUUCAUUGAAAAGCAACGACCCUUUCCGAGUCAUUUUAUAUUUUAUUUGAUCCUAUUUCAAUAUUUAAGUAUUGGUAUAGCAUUUCACACGUGUGGAAUGGCUCAAUAAUCGUUGACCUAUCUACUUAACACGAAUAAGAUUUGUUAGAACUGAUAAGAUGUCACAGCUCUAUGUUACUUAGGCUUUAACUUGGACCAAAAACUGAACCAAAGACUGAAAUUGUGACGAGUAUAUUUUCUGAAGCAUUUUAUCUAAAACGAAUGUAUCUUGAUUUUUAUGGACAAUCAAAUUUAGACUACUGAACUAUCAAGAAUUGUUAAUCGUGGCAACUGACCCGGGCAUGAGAUAUCACAUCAACUGCGACUUGAAUAGGCCUUCCCUCUCAAAAAGUGUCCAAAAUCGAGACAAACAGACGAAUUGUUACAAGCGUUAGCAAGUC